AUGGGCGGGACGCAGGAAUCCGCCAGGAUAUACGUAGGCAAUCUGCCGGACACGUGUAGCGCUAAAGAUGUGGAAGCCGAAUUCCAGAAGUUUGGAAAGGUUACCAACUGCGAGGUGAAGAAAAAUGUAGGGGGCUCUGCAUUCGCAUUCAUCGAGUUCGAAGACGCGCGCGAUGCACGCGACGCCAUCAAAGAGAAGGACGGUACCGAUUUCCUCGGCAAACGCCUACGCGUCGAGACCCCUUUCGCCUCGAAGGAGGAUGGACGUGGCAGCCGCAGGCGUGGCCCCGGCCCACCACGCCGCGGCCGUUACCUGGUUGAGGUUUCGGGACUCCCUGCCAGCGGCAGUUGGCAAGACCUUAAGGACCACAUGAGGGAAGCCGGCGAGUGCGCCCACGCUGAUGUCUUCCGUGGAGGUAUCGGUGAAGUUUCCUUCUAUUCACGAAGCGACAUGGAAUACGCCAUUGACAAGUUCGACGGGAGCACCUUUAAAUCACACGAGGGUGAGAAGGCAAAGAUUCGUGUCCGCGAGUGGAGGCCCAACUACAGAAGUCGCAGCAGGAGCGGGUCAUACCACAGGCGCAAACGUUCGCACGGCAGGGAGCGCGAAAGGAGUCGCCGAAGUCCGCACAGCAGAGGGCGGAGCAACGAUCGCAGUCGUGAGCGCGAACGCGAGCACAGACACCGUUCGAGGUCAGACUCAUACCCACGCCGCCGAUAA